AUGCGUGAGGUAGCUGAUGACCUGGAUACAGGACAUUACCUACCUCACCACGCGGUACGAAAGGAAUCAAGUGCGACCACAAAAAUACAGGUAGUUUUCGACGCUUCGGCAAAGGGCACCACAGGUAUAUCGUUAAACGACGCGUUAUUAACAGGCCCAACGAUACAGGACACAUUAUUUUCUAUUUUACUCAGAUUUCGGUCACACACAUACGUAAUAACCGCGGACAUUGAAAAAAUGUACCGACAGAUAAAGGUACACCACGACGACAGAAAGUUCCAAAAAAUCCUGUGGCGAGAAUCUAUGGACAAACCCAUUAAAACCUUUGAAUUGAACACUGUAACAUAUGGCACCGCUUCCGCACCAUUUCUGGCCGUUCGAUGUUUACGACAAUUAGCAGAAGAUGAGUCGAAAGAUUUGCCAAUAGCCGCAAAAAUAUUCAAAGGAGAUUUUUAUGUGGACGAUUUGCUCACAGGCGCUUCUAGCCUCGAAGCAGCAUUCGAAGCAAGAGAUCAAAUAAUCGCAUUAGCUUCACGGGGAGGUUUCCACUUGCGACAGUGGACCUCUAAUGACACUCGUUUGAUUACUGAUUUACAAGCUAAAAAUCAGCAGGAUACACUGUGUCUAGAUCCAUCGGAAACAAAAAAAACGUUAGGGAUAUUUUGGAAUCCAUUAGACGAUAAAAUCAUUUACAAAAGCGAACCCUUCUCGAGACAAACACAUAUUACCAAGAGAACACUCCUCUCACAAAUUUCACAAUUAUUCGACCCACUUGGGCUACUCGGGCCAAUUAUUAUAAGUGCCAAGAUUAUCAUGCAGCAACUAUGGAAGGCAGCUAUUGGCUGGGAUGACAACGUUCCCCAACCAAUACAACAAUCAUGGUUAAACAUAAAAAACGAAUUGCAUGUGCUAAGCAAUUUUUCGGCUCCACGAGGAAUAAUUACAACACAGAUGAUACAGCUACAGCUCCACGGGUUUUGUGAUGCCAGUGAGAGCGCGUAUGGCGCAUGUAUCUAUAUUAGAUCAACAAAUAAGGAGGGAAAACACGCAGUGCAUUUAUUGUGUGCGAAAUCACGCGUUGCACCGGUAAAGACAGUAUCCCUACCGCGCCUCGAGCUUUGCGCAAGCAGACUUCUUGUCAAUCUGUACAAGGAGGUCAAAGGGUCGCUAACAAACGUAAAUAUCGAUAAGGUCAGAUUUUGGUCGGACUCGACCAUCGCGUUACACUGGAUCAAAACUCCACCACACAUGCUCAAAGCUUUCGUAGCGAACAGGGUUAGCGACAUCCAAACAGAAACCGACCCUCAAGAUUGGUUCCAUGUUUCGACCGUAGACAAUCCCGCAGACUUCAUCUCCAGAGGUCAAUUACCGUCGCAAUUCAUUCAAAAUGGUCUAUGGUUAAACGGCCCGUGCUGGCUAACAAGGGAUAGUGCCUUUUGGCCAGUUAAUAACAUAGAACCUAUACACGUACCAGAGAAAAAACAGGUCAUUGCCCUACCCGCCCAGACAAAUGUCGGAGGAUUACUACAAAAAUAUUCAUGUAUUGAGCAUUUAAAUAAAAUAGUCGCAUACAUACUACGUUUUGCAAAUAACAUAAAAAAGGAUAAUAGUAAAGUCACCGGAACCCUGUCACCGCAAGAAAUUCGUGCCGCGCACAAUCGAAUUAUACAAGUAACACAAUGUGAAGCAUUUAGUAUUGAAAUACACAAUUUAAAAAGGGGUAAACCGCUAAAUAGGAAAACUAGGCUACUAAGCUUAAACCCAUUCAUCGACGACAGCGGUAUCCUUAGGGUCGGGGGUAGAUUAAAACACGCGCCGCUCAGGUAUGGUCAAAAACACCCAAUUAUACUACCGCACCGGCACCAGGUAACUGACUUGAUCAUUAGACAAGCGCAUUUACGUCACUGGCAUGCUGGUACACAGGCCACUUUAUACGCAGUCAGACAACAAUACUGGCCAAUAAAUG